UAUAAAUUUCAGUGGCUUAGAUAGUGUGAUUAGAAACAGAACAACAAACAAUAUAUGUAAAAGUCAACCGAGAGUUUAUUGAUUUUUAUUACAUUAGUAUUGAUAGGAAGUAAAAAAAAAGCCGCGAAUCUUUAGUUGUAGCUAAAGUAGUGAGUACGUUAAAGCAUAGGUGAUUUUAGCAAGGUACAUAGUAACGAUUAUGGGCACAUGAAACCUCGAGGCAUCGGGCGACCACAAGCCCUACAAAUGAUAAAGAUAUUUCGAGAAGGAGUGGAAUAUCUUUGACUUUGGGGUUGCACCAAACCACAUAGGCACGCAGCUACUUCAGCAUCAGAUAGAUCUCGGAUAAGAGAGCAGCAUGGUUGUGCCCUUCCAAAGUCUAGGAAGUUACCAAAACGUCUUAUGGUAUUUGAACAUGCUCUUAACUGCGAGGCAUUUCUAGGACAAGUGGGGGGUGGUGGUGGUUGGGAGUUUGGGGGAGGAGGUGGAGUAGUCUGCGGUGCGGGCGGUGGUGGUUGGAAAUUUAGAGGAGGAGAAGGAAGUGGUGGUGUGUUCGGAGGACUCACUGGUGGAGUUUGUGGUGGUGUGGUUGGUGGAGUUGGAGGUGGACUUUGUGGCGGCGUCUGUGGUGGUAUGGUUGAUGGAGCUUGUGAUGGUGUAACUGGAAGAGGCACCGAAGGAAUCUGUGGUGGUAAAACUGAUGGAGCUUUAGGUGAAAAAAUUGGAGAAUGCACUGGUGGUUGGGAGUUUGGGGGAGGAGACGGAGGAGUCUGCGGUGGGGGCGGUGGUGGUUGGAAAUUUAGAGGAGGAGAAGAAGGUCGUGGUGUGUUUGGAGGAGGCGCUGGUUGA